AUGGACAUCACCCAGUUUGUAGUCUCUCACAGGGACGCCGCCCUGCUGGUAGGGGACUACAGCACCUACAGAACUCAGCUCUCGCGUCGACUGCCCGCAAUUCGUCGAAGACUGGGACGAACAACGCCCAAGAAUGCCAAAUAUGCGCCUAAAGCACCCAUUACCGCAGAGGACAUUGGGCGUGAUCACGAGUUUAUCCACCUACUCCUACUCACCGCCGAGCGAGCGUGGGCCCACGCCAUGCACAUGAAGUCUUCCCAUUCCGAAGACAAUGCGAAAGGGGGCAUCACCGGCUCUACACGGACUCACAUCAUAUCGCGUCUGAACAAGGCAGCAAAGUGCGCCAAGGAGCUGGCGAGCCUAUUAGCCGACCAGAAUACGACUGGAGCCACAGAUACCGACGUGUUGGAAGCGCAAGCCUACGCAUACUCGAUGGCAGGAGCGGAAGAAUUCGAGAGGCAAUCCGAAGGGAACGCACAGAAGCGGAACUGGGAGUUGUGUCUCAGGGACUUUGCGGCGGCCCGCGUCAUCUACAAUGCGUUAUUGCGUGCUACAGAGAAGGACUUGUUCAAGGAGAUCCUGGCAAGCACCAUCGACCCGAGCAUACGCUAUGCGGCAUACCAGUCAAAACUCCCUCGUACGACGGCCGUGUCAACGGUAGCAAAACAGUACUUUCCCAGAGACAAUUCAGACCUAGUCGCAGCAGUAGAGAAGCUGGAUGCGGAUGCUUUGAACGAUGAGGCAGCCGCGUCAGCAAGUCAAAAACCAGGCGCCGAAAAAGUCCCCAACACCAUAACCUGGCGCUCCCGCACGGCAAACAUCGUCGACGCAUCCAUAGGCCAAGCCCUCUUCUCCGUCUCCACCGCCGAAGCCCGCCUAUCCGACUUCCUCGCCUCCGCCGGCCCCGACACUCCCUCCAAAGACAAAGCCGCCGCCUACGACUCCGUCAUGAUCGCCAGCCAAGACGUCACAGACGCCACGCGCCGCGCGAUCGAGGAGCUCGAACGAGAAGGCGUCCCCGAAGGCGACCCCCGCAUGCAAGACCUCCGCGUCACUAGCCUCGCUGUCAACUAUGCCCUCAUCAGCUGGCGCAUUGGGCGCAACCGCGUCCUUAUCGGACCUGACGACGGUCUCGCCCUCGCGGGCGAGAAACGCAAACCGCCCAAGCGCCCGCGCAAGGACGGCAAAGAGUGGGUCGAGAAAGAAGAGGGAACAGGCCGCAAGCUCGCCCGCCUACGCGAACGAGUCGUUUUAUACGACGCGACGUUGCAGUCCCUCGACUCGAUCAAAGAACUUCGCGGCGCGGUGCGGGAUAGCGCUUUCAUCGCCGAGCUGGACGCCAAGCGCGCGUACUUCCAGGCGUUGAAGUGCCUCAAUAUCGGCUACUCCCACGCCCUCCUCUCCGCGCCCAAAAACGCGCUUGCGCUCUUUGUCCGCGCGCAGGACCUCGCCGCCCAGGCCUCCACUGCCGCCUCCGAGACUCCUGCAUCCCCGUCUGGACCCCCGAACCUCGACAUCGCGCCCUCCUUCGUCGAAGCACUGAGUACCCACCUCGAAGCCCUGAUAUCCCAAUAUCGCGGCCUCGUGGCGCUGCACAACCUGUCCACCCCCACCGCGGCCACCACCACCACCGCCUCCGCACCGCUCGUCGAACGCCUCAACGAGUAUCCGGCUCACGGCGUGGAUCUGGCGAAUCUGGUCACGUAUCCGCCGAGGCUCCGACCUGUGCUGGUGAAGCCGCUCUUCUUCGAUGUUGCGUGGAAUUAUGUCGAGUAUCCUGGGCGUGCGAAGGGAGAGGUUGUGGAGAAUGGGGUGGAGGGGGGGAAUGGUGCGGAGAAGGAGGAGGAGAGGGUAGAGGAGAAGCCGGUUAGGAGGGGGUGGUUUGGGUUUGGACGGUAG